AUGGAAGUGUGCGAACAAAAUGAGGCAUAUGUCGAGAAAGAUGGAGAGCUCACGUUCUCCCAUACCAAGGUCAUACUCAGGAAGGAUGGUCAGUACUACUACGCCACCACCCACCGGCGUUAUGACUCCGCCGCCGAUAUCGAUCUAGCUGAGCUUCCGCUUGAAUCAAUUCCAACUUGGCAGAUUUGGCCACCAUUCCCACACAACUUUACACACGCUCCCGAAGCGUCGCUUCGAAGUUGCCACAUCAAAGAACCGAGUUUGAUACACUACGGCGACACAAAAGCUUCAACCGAUAUGGCUAGGCUUCUUUUAGACGAGGCUGAAGUGUGCGAGGCCCUGAGGACGCACCCCCAUCCUAAUAUCGCUCAGUACCUCGGAUGCAGAGUGAUAGAUGGUAGAAUAACGGGCCUUUGUUUCGUAAAGUAUGGGGUGAAUCUGUUCCAGUGGGUGAAGGAGGGACACGCUUGUGACAUCGAUGGCUGUAUCAAAGGCAUCAAGGACGGCAUCAAACACCUCCAUGAUCUAGGCUUCGUUCACUGCGAUGUCAAUCCAACCAACAUUGUUAUGAAUGGAGAUGCACCUGUCAUCAUUGAUUUCGAUUCGUGCCGACGUAUUGGGGAGCCAUUAGGGCUCAAAGCGGGAACGAGAGGCUGGACAAGAGAAGACUUCACAUCAGCGCAGCAGGAGGUUGACGAUGACGGGGUUUUGAGGAUUCAGCACUGGCUAAUCCAGACGAAAAGAAUGUAA